AUGGAAGCAUCGGCUGCUUCAAAUAAUCUGAUACAAUUUUCAGGUCAAUUCUCACAAACAAUGAACGUCAACGGCAACAGUGCAAACGGGUUUAUCUUCGUUGGUAAAAACAACAACGUUCAUAACCUACUUGGCCUCGACUUUAUGGAUAUACUCAACCUGUGGGAUCUCAAUCAGUUUUGUGAUAACGUACGACGAUCAUCGUCAGUUCAUCAAGUGUUCGACCAGCAGCAACCAGCUUCAAUGGUAUUGAACAUAUCUUCUCGCCACCCUCCCAUCCAUAAUCCAACGGCCAAGUAG